AUGCCUCAACUAAGUGAUACACAACUUGGGGUAGCCAGCGUAGGGCUGGCGACGGAUCGCAUGGUACUCAUCUUUCUCAAACCUGAGACUUGUGGCGAGGAUUGGGAGGCAGUCGCCCAGGAACUGACCCGUGCAGCGUGGGAAAAGAAGCGUGAGGAGCCAUUGGCGCCCUCUGAGCCGUGCGGUGCGAAGGUUUUCUGGGGAAAUCAUAAAGUCGGGUUCUACUACGAAACCCCGCUGGAUCAUCAUCCCGAAGAAGAUGUCCCCAGCGGCUCCGGCCCUUUUGCUCUAGCCUCCUUCGUCCUCCCUAAUAGUCAUGUCUACUAUGACCAGAGCGACCCUGAUGACUUGUUUCAUGAGAAGCUGUUUCUCGGCAGAUUGAUGGUGGGCCAGGCUGACAAUCAAAUCGUGGAUGCGCAGCAGAGCUUGUGGUCCCAAUUGCUAAUGCUCGAGGAGUGGCUCCAAGAAGACUGCGAGAGCUCUCCCAACUCUAUCCUGGUGUUCGAAGCUUAG